AUGGAUCCAACAUCUCCCAUGCCUUCAGAUAGUACACCAUGCAGACCAUCAUUCCUCACCCUCCCAGCCGAGAUCCGCCAAGAGAUCUACGAACACGUCUUCACCGACAUCGUCGUCGCCGAGUUCAACAACUUUCCCGAAACCUACCUCGACCAGCCCAACACCAACCCAUUCGCCCUCCUCCGGACAUGCAAGCAGAUCAAAGCCGAAGUCGAGCCCAUCGCCGACCGAAGCUUCAUCACGAUGAUGGCUAACGAAAACGAGAAAUGCAGGAGCCAGAGGACUCAGUUUCAGUCUCAGUCUCUGUCUCUGUCUCAAGACGUCGUCAGCAUCAGCACCCGAUUCCUCGAACCGCCACCCAGAAUCAGACGUCAGAUCUGGGCGAUCGAGCUUCUGAUGACGGAUCCCGACGUCAACGCAGCCUUGAAGUAUUACCCGCGCGAAAACUUCCCCAAUCUCGAAGUCAUCGACCUGGUCAAAGCGUACGAAUGUCUGAUCGGGACUUACGCGUAUGAAGGGCAGGAAUACGAAUACCAAGUCGGCCUGCGCGAGGAUUAUCUCCGCGAACUGGUCGACUCGGGCGUCACGGAGACGGACUUUGACCUGGACCUGCACAGCGAAUUCUUCUUCGGGUUUGGAUCGGACGAGGCCGUCGAGAAGACCUUGCAGGAGAGCCCGGGCCUCUCGGUGCGAUUUUGGUGUGGACUGCAGGCACUCAGUAUGGUUCAGCGCGGGGGAGGCUGGAGUUCGAGGCAGUCCGAAUGGGCCUAUACAAGUUGCUUGUUGAUUUGGAAUGAUCAGGGUAUGAAGUUGAUGGAGGUGAGAAAGGUCGAGCCGCUGUUCGUCGGGGAGGACGGUGUGAGGGUGCCACAGCCACAGACGGAAUCUGUGGUCCCUGUUUCCUCUGAACCUUCCCCGUGGCAGUGA